GGAGAAUCGAUUCCAUAUAUACAUCAAACCAUUGUCGUUUCCCUCUCAAUCACCAUAUCUUCUGCAAAUAUGUCUGCACAGCUCAACCGCCCUCUCAAGACGCCCAGCGGCGUCGUCUUCCGGAAUCGUUUGGUCAAGGCCGCAAUGGCAGAGUCCCUGGCAGCCGCGGACAACGACCCCACCGAUGCAUACAUCACGCUGUACGACACGUGGAGCCAGGGCGACUGGGGAGCCGUAAUAACAGGCGAAAUGGAAGUCUCGACAACCUACAUGGGCCACCCUUACAACAUCAAUACCAAACCCGCCCCUUCACAAACACGCGCAAUAAAAGACAAAUGGACACGCUGGGCCCGCGCCGCAACCCAGCACGGCACCCCCGCCCUCGUCCAGCUCGUCCACCCAGGCCGCCAAUCCCCGGCCGCCUGUGGCCAAAGAUCGUUCUUCUCCAAGGCCAUCGCGCCCUCCGCCGUCGCCGUCUCACUGGGGCCAGGGGCAUCAGACUGGCUGGCGAGCAAACUGCUCUUCGGCACCCCCCGCGCGAUGAGUCGCGACGAGAUAUCCGAAGCGGUAUCCCAGUUCGCAGCGGCUGCGAAGCUGUGCCACGAGAGCGGCUUCAGCGGCGUGCAGAUCCACGCCGCGCACGGCUUCCUCCUCACGCAGUUCCUCUCCCCCAGCACGAAUCUGCGGACGGACGAGUACGGGGGCUCGCCUGCCGCGCGCGCGCGCAUCGUGCUCGAGGUCAUCCGCGCCGUCCGCGCCGCCGUGCCGCCGUCGUUCUGCGUGGGGAUCAAGCUCAACAGUGCGGACGUGGGCGGGCGCGAGGCGGAGAGCUUGGAGGAGAGUCUGGAGCAGGUUGGCCUGGUGGCCAGGGAGGGCAUAGAUUUUCUUGAGAUUAGUGGCGGGACGCUUGAGAAUAUGCGCAUGGCGGCUGGCGACGCGCCUGCUCCUAUGGAAAAAGAGAUGAGCGAGAGCACGAGGCACAGAGAGGCGUUUUUCCUCGACUACGCGAGGGCGGUGCGCGCGAGGUUCCCGGAGGUGGUUCUCAUGGUGACGGGGGGGUUUCGGAGUCGCGCGGGCAUGCGGGAAGCACUCGAUACAGGUGCGUGUGAUUUGAUAGGGCUGGCGCGGCCGAGCGCGGUGUGGCCCCGCUUGCCGAGGGAGGUGCUGCUGAAUGAGGAGGUGGAUGAUGGGGAUGCGAGGUGUGAAUUGAGCCUGGUCAAGGGAAACUGGUUUGUGAGGAACUUGGCGCCGAAGAUUGUGGGGGUUGGCGUCGAUACGCUGUAUUAUGCGGGACAGAUUGCAAUGAUGGCAGAGGGGAAGGGGACGAGUGCGCCGGGGUUGGGGGCGUAG